UCCUCUCACAUUGCGUUAGCGCUGCUCUGCUGCCGCCGCCGCUGCGCCGCGCGCCUCGUCUUCCCCGAUUCGCCUCCGGGCCGGAUAAGAUCCGCAAUCCCCAUGGCGGCGAAGGCGAAGGAGGAGGAGUUCACGGAGGAGGAGGUGGAGGUGGCUGACAUUCUUUGCAACCUCAAGAAGGUCCUGCGGGCGCGGGAGCGGCGGUGGCGGCGGCGGAUGCAGCGGCUCCUGCCGGCGGCCCCGGAGAUCCCUUCGUGGGGGCGACGCCGGCCGCGGUCGAUGCCGGAGGAGAAGCCCGCCGCCGCUCCCGCCCCGGCCCCGCCCCCCACCGCCGCUUCUGGGGUCGCGGAGAGGGACGGCGCCGCCAGCCCCAACACCCCGCUCGCCUACCCGGAGAGCGGCGGGGACGACGCGCCGGCGGAGGAGGAGGACGCCAAGAAACCCACCUCGCACGAGCAGUGGGUGCACGAGCAGCAAGGCGUCGUCGCGAGCUUGUCCCAGGAGAACGCGCAUCUCCUCAAGCAAAUCGAGGAGUACAGAGCUCGGCUGGAGAGCUCGAGGAGCACGAACGAGAGCCUGAAACAGUUGCACAAGGUGAAGCGGGAGCAGGAGGAGCAGGAGCAGGCGCGGAAAAGGCCGCGGGUGGAGGCGCAGGCGCCGCCGGCAGCGGAUCCUCGGGCGGCGGCGGCGCUGGGGCUGGGGCUGGACCUGAACGAGCCGGCGCGGGCGCCGGUGGAGGACGCGCAGGCUCGGGCGCAGCAGGCUCAGGCGGCCGCGGCCGCGGCUGCAGCGGCGGCGGCGGAGUGGUACCGGCGGGCGCAGCUGCAGGCGGCGAUGCGGAAGGCGGCCGUCUCGGCGGGGGCGCGGCGGCGGCGGCUGGAGAUCCUGCGGGCCAAGGUGGCGUGCCCGCUGGUGUCGAGCAGGCCGCGGCGCGUGGGGUGACCACGGAGCACUGAGCAGGUAGCGCUGACCGAGGAUCGUCGACGGCGUCCUCCAUUGACGCGCGGAAGUUUUGAGCGUGGCAAGGCUAGUCGAAUCGGACUAGCCAGUGUAGCACUAGCAUUGUAGUAGUAGUAAGUAGUAUUUGUUAUACUAAGAUUACUAGUAGUAAUAUAUAGUAGUGCAAUUAAAUUAAACGCAAACUGUUUUUGCGAUGAGAGUGUAGGAGGAAGGAAUUGAAGCCCAUUCAUAUUCAUGUGUAGGUUGGUUUAGGCAAAUGAGCUGGUUGUCGGCCUGGAACAUUGUGAGAUUUUGAUCGGUAUAUCACUAGUGACCAUUAUUAUUGAUUACAUUAAUUGUAUGUAUGGAUUGGCAAUGCAGCCCGUCAA